GUUGUGCAUGAUCAGGCAAGAUGGGCAAUAAUGGCAGCCAUGGAACGAAGACUUGCUGUUGCUAAAGCUCAGGUUCUUCUUCAACUACAACACAAGAAUGACAAAAGACAACAACAAGAUGGGAACUUCUGAUGUACAUGUCUCUUCUAAACAACCACUUCAAGCUGAUUCACUACCUACUACAACCUCAAAGACUUCAAUUAGAAAAGAUCCCAAGGAGGAUGAUUAUGUUGCAUAUACAAAAUUGUCACAUCCCGUUGAUGAGAAUUUGUUGGCAACCAAUGUUAAGUUUUCUAGUGCAAAGGGAACUAUAGUAGACAAGGUUCUGCAUAACCUCCUCCUUCGAAGCGGUGACUCUGCUCAAAAGUACUUGCAAGGUUCUAAAAGUGUGAAGCUGGACAACUAUAUCCUCCUUGACAAAUUUGUACAGUCGCGUCCUUCAGCCUCUGGUUCUAAAAAGACAUCAUCACAGAAGGAUUCAAAACGUUCUAAGACCCGUAUGUCUAUGAAACGACUCGAGAAGUCUGGUGCUUUGCAUAUGCCAGAAUAUCUCCAAAAGUUUGAUUUGUUUAAGCCAAUUCAUGGUAUGUGGGAAAGUUACAUGACACAACUCAUCAAGGUGGCCGGGAAGAUUCAAUUAGCCUCAACUCUUCUCUCAGUAGAUCUUCAUGGUGCUUUCAUGUUUGUUGCUGAGUGCAAGAUAGCAUCAUUCAUUGGUGUGCAAGGCAUAAUGGUGCGUGAGACAUCCAAAACAUGUGGAAUAAUCACAAGAGACGACAAAUUUCGAGGUAUCUUAAAGCUUUUUCUCCAUCUAUUCGUCAAAAAGGUUUUAUUUUAUCUUCCCAAGCCUAGCUUAGUUAUUGUAAUCAAUCUCAUACGGUUGUACCUAAGAAUCACUCUGUCUUCAUCAUCUAACUUGACUGCUGGAAAAUUACUUUACUUGGGGACAAGUUUACUUCAAGAGAAAAGAUUGUUCAACGAUGAUGCUGCAAUGAAGCAUUGGCCUUGAAAGAAGGUCUCAUGGUUGGGAUCUCGUCGGGAGUUAACACCGUGGCAGCAAUUAGACUGGAGAAAAUGCGGAGAACAAAGGCAAACUCAUUGUGACGAUUCAUGCGAGCUUUAGAGAGAUAUAUCUGUUUCAGUCUGUUCUGUUUGAUGAGAAGCAUAAGAGAUGCAGCCAGUUUCAGUC